AUGGUAAAUUUCCUGUCACAAUACAUACCCAACUUGUCGGAGAUUACAGCUCCACUAAGAUCACUACUCAAGAAAGAAACGCUAUGGGCGUGGUUACCAGAGCACGAUGGUGCACUUGAUAAAAUUAAAGUUGCACUAACCAGCAGUCCUGUUCUAAAAUUCUUUGACAUCAAUCAGAAAAUAACCCUGCAGGUUGAUGCAUCACAAGGAGGCCUGGGUGCUUGUCUACUCCAAAAUGGACAUCCCAUAAUCUACGCAUCAAGAUCACUUAAUACUGGCGAAACUCACUAUGCCCAAAUUGAAAAAGAGCUCCUUGCUGUUGUAUUUGCUUGUGAGCGCUUCCAUCAAUAUGUUUAUGGCAGAGAAGUUGAUGUGCAAAGUGAUCACAAACCGCGCGAGUCCAUAAUGGUCAAGCCAGUCUGCAAANGUUUCAAGUAUGUCCCAGGAAAGUUUAUGUUCAUAGCCGACACACUGUCAAGAGCACAUCUACAAGAGGAUGGAGGACAACAGGAUCUCCAUGAUGGCAUUGAAGUCAUGGUCCAUAGUCUUGUUAACAACCUGCCAGCAACGCCUGAGAAGAUAAAGGAAUUAAAAAGUGCCACACAACAAGACAAGACGCUACAGACUCUCAAAAGAACAUUAGAACAAGGUUGGCCUGAACAUCGACAGUCUGYACCACAAUGCAUCACAGCACCAUACUGGAAUGUAAGACAUGAGCUAAGUGAAGCUGAAGACCUACUCUUCAAAGACAACAAGUUAAUAAUUCCAUCAUCAAUGAGAAAAGAUACUCUCAAAUUGAUACAUGAAAGUCAUCAAGGCAUCGAAAAGUGCAAGAACAGAGCCAGGUCAACCAUUUACUGGCCAGGUAUSAACAAUGACAUUUCUGAAGUUGUUUCUAACUGUACUGUGUGUGCCACUUUCAGAAACCAGAACCAGAAGGAGCCCAUGAUACCACAUGACAUACCAGAGCUCCCUUGGCAGAAGGUAGCGUCAGAUCUCUGCGAAUACCAAGGUAAAACAUAUCUUGUGGUAGUGGAUUACUUUUCUAAAUUCAUCGAAACUAGUCUGAUUCCUGACAAAACUGCAAAAACUGUUAUCACUCACAUGAAAUCCAUCUUCUCUCGUCACGGAAUACCAGAAGAGUUAAUAUCUGACAACAUGCCCUAUAACAGCAGAGAAUUUAAAGACUUCGCAAAAGACUGGGGUUUCAAAGUAACCACUUCAAGCCCCACAUAUGCUCAAUCUAAUGGCAUGAGCGAAAAGGCUGUCCAGACUGUAAAGAGGAUUCUAAAGAAAGCCAGAGAUCCCUAUAUUGGUCUACUUGAAUACAGAAACACCCCUGUUACUGGAAUGUCACACUCACCAUCCCAGUUUCUAAUGAGUAGAGCAACCAGAUCAAAGUUACCAACUUCAAAGAAUCUUCUACAGCCCAAAGUUGCUACUGGAGUUAAAAAAGAGCUGAUGAACUGUCAACAGAAACAAAAACAAUACUAUGAUGUUGGAGCUAAACCCUUACAACCACUUAAAGUGAAUGGAAAUGUGCGUUUGCGCCAAGGUAAUAUGUGGCUCCCAGCUCUUAUCUCACAAACAGCAGCCACACCCAGAUCAUAUAUAGUAGCGACUCCAAAUGGAAAAGAAUACAGGCGUAACAGACGUCACAUUCUGAAAACCGACGCAACCACUGACUUUUCAACAGCCUUUGAGCCUCAAGUGGAAGAUGAACAACAAUGUGGAGAGAACUCAGUCUCCGAAGGUARCUCAGCCGAAACAACGACCCCUAUCUAUGAUGACAACCAAGGAACGACAGUCCCAACACCACUUUAA